CCAGCACUGUUACGGCCCACUUCCUUGUCGGGACGCGGCAGUCGGCGGCGAGACGGCGACCGCGCCUUGAGGCUCGACGGCGUCGCCAGCCUCCUCGGUGCGCCAUAUGCCUCCCGCCCCCGCCGCCACGCUUGCGUCCUGCAACGCCCUCCUCGCGUCGCUCGCGCGCUCCGGCCGCCCCGCGGAGGCGCUCCACACGCUCCGCGAUAUGCUCGCGCGGGGCGUCGCGCCGGACCACUUCACCCUGCCCCCGGUCCUCCGCUCUUGCACGCUUACCGGCGCCGCGGGAUUCGCCGCCUCGUCCCACGCGCUCGCCGUCAAGCUGGGGGCGCAGGACAACCUCUUCGUGGCGUCCGCGCUGGUGCUCUGCUACGCGGGCCUUUCGAACCUCGCCGGCGCGCGGAGGCUGUUCGACGGAAUGCGCGAGCGGGACGCCGUCCUAUGGACGUCCAUGCUGUCCGCGUACGCUCAGAGUGGGGAGCCCGACGCGGCGCUGCGGUUGUUUGGUGGCAUGGUGGCCGCGGAGGUGGAACUGGACGCGGUGGUCAUGGUCAGCCUGCUGCUUGCGUGCGGGCAGCUCGGGUGGCGCCGCCAUGGGAGAAGUGUGCACGCCUGCUGCGUCCGGAGGUUCCUAGGGAUGCCUCUGUCGCUUGGGAAUGCGCUUGUGGACAUGUAUGUCAAGUGCGGGGACUUCGCGUUCGCAGAGAGGGUGUUUGCUGGGAUGCCUAGGCGGGAUGUUAUCUCGUGGAGUGCACUGAUCCUUGGUCAUGGUUUGAAUGGGCGUUCUGAUGUUGCAUUGGGUCUUUUCGAUAGAAUGGCAGCUGAAGGAAUCCAACCAAAUUCGGUCACCUUUCUUGGGGCAUUGUCAGCUUGUGCACAUUCAGGCAUGGUGGACAAAGCAUACUCUAUCUUCGAGGGGAUGAAACGGUGGGGCAUUGAGCCUGAACUGAAGCAUUACUCCUGUAUGGCUGACACGCUUGGUAGAGCUGGGCGUGUUAUUGAGGCUGUGAAGUUGAUAGAGGAAAUGCCUUUUGAGCCUGACGAGGCAAUGCUUGGAGGUGUAUUAGCAGCCUGUCGUGUGCAUGGAGAAAUGGAGGCUGCUGAACGGGUUUCAAAGAGAUUGAUGGACAUGUCUCCUGGGAAGAGUGGCUACUAUAUGAGCUUGGCAAACAUAUAUUCAGAUGUAGGAAGGUAUAGUGAUGCAGAGAGAAUAAGAGGCUUCAUGAAAGAAGUUAAAGUCAACAAGCUUCCUGGAUAUAGUUCAGUUGAAUUGGAUGUUGAUAGAUUUCAUAUAACGAGCAACGCAGUUAGAACUAGAAGUACUUGAAGCAGAUUCUACUCUCUGGUGCCCUGCCCACAAAUGAAUAGAGGUGCUUAGCAGACACAGAGUGAAUGAGAUGUAUUGGUGUCAGUUACUGUGUUGUGCUAUCGAAAUGUAAGGCAGCCACUUCUUGAACUGAUAUGGACAACUUGAUAAAAAUAAAGGAUGAUGAUAAUAAAUCGAAAUCAUGCAAUUUUCUCAAUCUCUUUAA